UAACGUUGGUCAAUUGAAAAGAAGAUAUCGAUACAAUAACUACAAAGUUUGGGUUCCCUUAACCUACGCUGGUAGAGCUUCAGGACUUCUAGGGAACUUAGAUGGAAAUGAUACAAACGAUUAUUUCGAAAGGGGUCAAGAAACCAAUCCACUUCCACACUACUAUUCAGACAGGGAAUUGUACAAUAACCACUGGUUGACAUGGAAUUUAUCUGCUGGAGAAAGCCUCUUUUCCCAUCAUUUACAAUGUCCUGAUAAAUCUCUAAAGAAGCGUCAGGCAUCAUAUGCUCCGAUUACACCAGACCAACUGAACUUUACCGAUGAGCAAAAGAGGAUCUGUGAAGGCAAUCUACAAUGUGUGUUUGAUUUAGCUGUUUCUGGGGAAAAAGAAGUUGCUUUAGCAACGCUAACUCAUGAAAAAUAAGCGAAUUCAUCAAUUGAGAUCCUAGGUAUGCAUUAUCUUAGUGUGAAUGACUCAAGAGAUAAUUUCACCUUAAGUGUACUGGGAGACAUACCAACAACUUCUGUACUUGAAGAAUUGUCAAGGGGAGAGUUUGUAUUUCGCUGGACACUAUACAAAAGAUAACUUACAACCCCCUAAUCUUUCUUGCAAAUGAUAGCCGAGGAGCUGCUUCACUGUACGCACCCCAAGUUGAAAUUUGCAACUGUUUCAAUGAUGGGAAUUGUACCCUUGAUGGAAUUCUGAGUGAUAAUGCAACAGCAGUACUAACCUGCCUUUGUACACAAGCAUUUGGUGAGAGGUUCUGUGAAGAAGAUCGCAAUGGGUGCUCAGAGAUCCAGUGCUUCGAGGGGGUGGAGUGUAUGGACGUUCCUGCUCCUGGAGUGGGGGCGGUGUGUGGAGCAUGUUCGCCAGGCUACACUGGAGACGCACUCAAGUGUUAUGAUAUUGAUGAGUGCUUCCUAAAUCAAACUCUCUGUGACCACAAUUGCACAAACACUGAUGGAGGGUAUCUUUGCUCCUGUUUUAAUGGCUAUCAGCUAAUUAAGGAAACAAGGGAAUGUGAAGAUAUUGAUGAAUGUUGGCUAGCUGUGCGGGAAUCAAAUGACCUUUGUGAGAACUAUCUAAACACAGAGUGCGUUAACAACGAGGGUUCAUUUAAGUGUGUUUGUGUCCGUGGAUACACAGCAAACUCAAAUGGAAUUUGUGAGCUUGAUAAUGAACUCCCUCCGAUGAUCAGUGUGAUCAGACCACAGAAAAGUAUUGAGAAUAGUGUGAACUUCACAUCACCUAUGCUGGUUUCAGAAAAUUUCAGUCCAGAACGCCGAUAAAAAUUUAGGGAAGCAACUGCAGCUGCUGUCAAUAGUUACUGUGGGCUUACAACAUGUGAUCUUCUUCUCUCAUCUGGAGAAACUCAAAUG